CAUGAAAGAAGUGCAAUUAGAAAUGAACAAAGAACAUUAUUAGAUGAAGUAAGAAAAUAUCAAUUAAUCAGUCUAGCUACCUUUUAAUCAUUGCUUGUGCAGUGCUUUUAUUAUCUCUCAUAUUAAAAGGAAUGCAAUGAAAAAUGAAUAAGACCAUUUAGUCCUUGAGAAUCUAGGUUGAAGACAACUUUCUUCAUCACUUCCUCCAAACGUUGCAGGAAUAGCUGGUUCAAUUUUUGUUUCUUGGGCGUUUGAGGACUUCGUUCACUGUAUUAAGGUGUUUACCGUUGGGGCUUUAUUUGAAGUUAGAUUUCAACCAAUACGAAAGACUUAUUAACAAUUAGAGGAAACUGAAAAGGUGGAAAGGAGAUGGCCGAGGGUCGCGAUGUGAUAGGUGCCAUAAACCUUGUGAAGGGCCAGCAUUUUGGUAGAACGACCAUUAAUCAAUUGGAGGAUGCUACAAAGCACCUAACGCGUGUAGCUGUAUUUCUCACGAAUCUGGAGAAGCGCUACCCUGAGAAUGGAAUAUCUGGACAACUUAGGCCCCUAUUUCUAGAAGCUCGUGAUGGCUUUUCCGAGAUAUCUUCUCGUUUUCCUCGUUUCAACCUUACCAUUAAAAUGGGGAAUAUUGCUGAGAAAUUCAAAGCUUCAAAGGCAUCAAGAUCAACUAGCCAAAUAAUUUCGGAGGUGCUGAAAAUAAUUGAACAUGAGAAUAUUGCUAAGCAAAUCAGAGCUUCAAAGCCAUCAAGAUCAUCUAGUCGAAUCACUUUGGAGAUGGUGGGGUUUGUUGAAUCUUUGCUUGGUUCUGUUCAUCGUGCUCUCUUCUUUAUUAGUGUAGGGCCUGCCGCGUCUGUGCUUGACAAGAAGCUCCGACAUCUCCGAGUCUUCUUCACAUUAAUUGCAAAGCAGUGCAUUGAGCACGAGAGUAUGAAGGAUCUCUUUACCCAUGUUGAGGAUGUAGCUUACACUGCAGCAUACCUAUGUUUCUUGGGGUCGAACUGCAAUGUGGAUGGCGAGUUCUCUAAAUUGCUGGAAAGGGUAAGUCGUCCUUUUAGCCCAGAAUUGAGGCAGAUUUAUCUGAGUGCCUUGAUAGGGUUAAAGUCAUCAAGCUCUGAGACUACUACAAUAUUGAAUGCCAAAUGUAUGCUGGAUUUUGUUAGUGCUCUCCGGGAGGAUCUAAGACUUGGAUGUGAUGGUCGAAUUAGGUGGCUCCAAAGAGGACUUUCUUACCUUUCUCGAUUUCUCAGGGACGUAGAAUCUUAUCCCCUUCCACUUGGAGAAGUGAUUUCUCUUAGAUUAAAUAUGGAAGCUCUGGCCAUUGGGGCAGCAAAUGCUAUCUACUCCUCCUAUGAUGAAAUGCACAACACUACUGAAAUAGAUGAUGUGCUUUUUCAUUUGCAACUGAAGUUUAAUUAUGUCAAGGUGGAAGUCGAUCUGAUUCGGCUACUAACCCGUCAAGCCGCCAUCACAAUAGGUCCUAUGAAAUCUCUGAUUGACUAUGUUUGGAGUGAGCUGAUAUUCUUUAGAAAUUAUUUCAUGGAUGCAUUUAAGCAGUGUAAUGAGAAGACUAAGAUAACUGUUAUUUUGACCUCUAUUCAAUCUGCGAUUAGCCAAGCAUGGUCAGUCUGUGAUUCUCUUUGUCAUGACUUGGAGCAAGAAGACUCUUUUUCUAAUGAUACGCAUCAAGAAGGCUCUUUUUCUAAUGAUACGCAUCAAGAAGACUUGGUCAGGGAAAUGAUUAAUUGCUUGCAUUUUCAGCUGCUUCUUAAAUUCAAGUUUAUUAAGGCAGCGAUUAGACAGAUGUAUCCCAGCAUUUCUGCAUCAUCAACAUUAGACCAUCCCACGAUAAGUCUGCUGAACUUUCUUCCUAUGAACUUUGAGGUUAUCGAUUCCUAUUUCAGCAUGCUAAAAUCCUCCAAUACAUCAUCCUCACAUAGGCCCAUGAUGGAUGAGGUUUUGAUGGGGUUUCAUGAAUAUAUUCUGGAAAAUCUGCUACUGAAGGAUGAAACCAAUUUGACGUUUACUAUUGCAGAUGAGGUCAAAAAGUUUUAUGGUGGGUUAUUGCUCCUGGUAACAUAUCUUAUUGAACCUCUAGUUCCUCACAUUGAAUGUAGGGAGCAAAAUAAUGUCUCGACGGGAUUUGGAACCAUCGCAAUUGAGGCGCAAUCUGCUAUGAGUUUAUCUUAUGAGGAUUUUAUGAGUAGCAACAACUGUAGGGAGGUCAAUCUUGUUCUUCAAUUUUUGACUGUGGCUUUCUGGCUUAUCAAGUCUGAGGGAAGCUUGAUGGAUAUACUAAAGCACAAAGCCACUUUGGAAUAUCAAGUUCUGGAUCUGAUUGAGAGUGCUCGUGAAGAGCUUAUUUUCAUUAGAUCUAUUCUCAUGGAUCUUCUCAGGCAACACGCAGAACUUAACAAAUUGGAUGAUAUCUUAAUGCAUGCUGAAGUGACUGCAAAAAAGUUAGCAAUACUUGGUGAUUGUUGUUAUGAAAUUUUCCAGGACGGAAGCAGCACCGACAUAAUGAGGCCUUGGUUAUCUGAUUCUCUACAAGAGAUUGAGUCUGUCAAGGCAGAGUUCAGAAAAGUAUGCUUUCAAGUUCUGGAUGUAUCACCUUUGACCAUGACAGAUGGAGAAGGCCUUAUUAAUUUCUUAUUAAACCAACAGUACAAGGUGCCGAGCAAUGAUGCUGCUUCUUUUAACGAAAGUUUCAUGGAUGGAAGCAGCAGUGAGAAUAUGGAACUUUCAUCAUCUGAUUUUCUAGGGGAGAUUGAGUCUGUCAAGGUAGAGGAGGUCAGAAAUGCAUGCAAUCAAGUUGUGGAUGCAUCACCCUAUGAGAUGCGUAAGACAGAUGGAGAAGGCUUUAUCAAUAUUCUGUUAACCCAACAGAACAAGGUGCUGGAAUAUGAUACUGGUUCAAUCUUUUUUCUGCAUAAUCAAAUCUCAGUAGUUAAAGACAAACUUUUGGACAUGGGAUCUUUACUUGUAGAUAUUGUACAGUACCGCAAUAUGCAUCUUGAACUCAAAGAUCUUGCUAAACGCGUUCAAGAUAAAAACUACAUUUGUUUCUUCUCCAUCAAGGGGUAUAUUCCUGCUUGGUAUUACACAUUAUAUCUCUCUGAUGUCAAGCAGUUGAUUAAGUUUGUUGAGGCAGAGGUAAAGACGAUUUGUCUGAAAGUUCCAGAUUCUUCAAGUUAUAGCUUCCCCAAGACAAAUGGACUAGGAUUUCUCAAUUGCUUUUUGGGCAAAUUGGAGGAGCUUUUAUGUUCUAAGCUUGAUUUGGCUGUUGGCUUAAAUCAUCAGAUUGGAUCAGUCAAGGAGGGCUUACUGUAUCUAACAUCAUCGAUUGGUCAUUUUUCAGAAAACUAUGAUGAGCAUGAUGAAGUUUAUGGUCUUAUAACAAGUGUUACUGUAUUGGCAUACAAGGCCGAGUAUGUCAUUGACUCAUGCUUGGCCUAUUCUCAUCCACUCUGGUACAAAAUUCUUUGGAUUUCUGAAGUUGUUGAGAAUAUUAAGAUUGUAAAUAAAGUUGUUAGGGAGACUUAUGAAAGAAAGAAGUUUGAAGUGACAGUGCAUGAAGUUGCAACGACCUCCACUAAUCUUGCACCGUCGAUUUCAGAUAAUACUCAAAGAACAAACGAAGAAAUGGAGGGUUUCCAGGAUACAAUGGACGAAUUAAAGGAGCAGCUACUUGGAGGAUCACCUCAACUAGAUGUCAUCUCAAUCGUUGGCAUGCCAGGAUUGGGCAAGACUACAUUGGCGAAGAAGAUUUACAAUGAUCCAACAGUCACCGCUCACUUUGAUGUCCAUGCUCAAUGUCUUGUGACUCAAAUAUAUUCAUGGAGGGAGUUGUUGCUGACCAUCUUGAAUGAUGUUCUUGAGCCUGCUGAUCGCAAUGAAAAAGAAGAUGGUGAAUUAGCGGAUGAGCUACGCCGAUUUUUGUUGACUAAGAGAUUCUUGAUUCUCAUUGAUGAUGUGUGGGACACCAAAGUGUGGGACAAUUUACAUAUGUGCUUCAGAGAUGUUCGGAAUGGGAGUAGAAUUAUUCUAACAACCCGGCUGAGUGACAUUGCCAAUUAUGUUAAAUGUGAAAGUGAUCCCCAUCAUCUUCGUUUGUUCAGAGAUGAUGAGAGUUGGACAUUGUUACAGAAAGAGGUAUUUCAAGGGGAGACCUGUCCACCUGAACUUGCAGAUGUGGGAUCUCGGAUAGCAAGGCGUUGUAGAGGGUUGCCUCUCUCAGUGGUGUUAGUAGCUGGUGUUCUGAAACAGAAAAAGAAGAAACUAGAUUUGUGGAAAGUAGUAGAAGAAAGUCUAGGUUCCCAGAGCAUUGGCAGCUUAGAGGAGAGCAUGUCUAUAAUUGGAUUCAGUUACAAGAAUUUACCACACUAUCUUAAGCCUUGUUUUCUCUAUUUUGGAGGAUUUUUGCAGGGCAAGGAUAUUCGUGUCUCAAAAUUGACUCGGUUGUGGGAAGCCGAAGGAUUUGUACAAGCAAACAAGGAAAAAGGACAAGAAGAUGCCGCACAAAGUUUCUUGGAAGAUCUUAUUCGUAGAAAUCUAGUAAUGGGCAUGGAGAAGAGACCCAAUACCAAGGUGAAAACGUGCCGCAUUCAUGAUUUGUUGCAUAAAUUCUGCAUGGAAAAGGCCAAACUAGAGAAUUUUCUUCUCCAGAUCAAUAGUGGAGAGGAUGUGUUCCCUGAACAGCCGGAGGAAUACCGACUGUUCGUUCACUCUUACCAAGAUGAAAUCGAUUUGUGGCGGCCAUCUCGCUCAAAUAUCCGCUCUUUACUAUUCAAUGCAAUUGAUCUGGAUAACUUGUUAUGGCCGCGUGAUAUCUCCUUCAUCUUUGACAGUUUCAAACUUGUUAAAGUGUUGGAUUUAGAAUCUUUCAACAUUGGUGGUACUUUUCCCAGUGAAAUACAAUAUCUAAUUCAGAUGAGGUACUUCGCUGCUCAAACUGAUGCAAAUUCAAUUCCUUCAUCUAUAGCUAAGCUUGGGAAUCUUGAGACUUUUGUGGUUAGAGGAUUGGGAGGCGAGAUGAUUUUACCUUGUUCACUUCUGAAGAUGGUGAAAUUGAGGCAUAUACAUGUAAACCAUCGGGUUUCAUUUGGUUUGCAUGAGAACAUGGAUGAAUCCCUUUCUCACUCUCAAUUAGCUAAUUUGGAAACCUUUUCUACUCCACGUCUCUCUUAUGGUGGAGAUGCAGAGAAGAUUUUGAGGAAGAUGCCAAAACUGAGAAAGUUGAGUUGCAUAUUUUCAGGGACAUUUGGUUAUUCAAGGAAAGUGAUGGGUAGGUGCGUUCGUUUUCCCAGAUUAGAGUUUCUUAGCCACCUUGAGUCCCUCAAGCUGGUUUCCAACAGCUAUCCAGCUAAACUUCCUCACAAGUUCAAUUUCCCCUUGCAACUAAGGGAAUUGACUUUGUCCAAGUUUCGUUUACCUUGGACCCAAAUUUCGACCAUUGCAGAACUGCCCAACUUGGUGAUUCUUAAGUUAUGUCUCAGAGCCUUUGAAGGGGAUCACUGGGAAGUGAAAGAUUCAGACUUCCCUGAACUCAAAUACUUAAAACUGGAUAACAUCAAAGUUGCACAAUGGUCGGUCUCUUAUGAUGCUUUUCCUAAGCUUGAACAUUUGGUUUUAACGAAAUGUAAGCAUCUUGAGAAAAUCCCUUCUCAUUUCGAUGAUGCUGUAUCUCUAAAAAGCAUUGAGGUAAACUGGUGCAACUGGUCUGUUGCCAAUUCAGCCCAAGAAAUUCAAACAACACAACGUGAAGAUAUGGCAAAUGAUUCAUUCACAGUUACCAUACAGCCUCCAGAUUGGGCUAAAAGAUCAUCUCCUUGACUCAUAUCUGUAACAGCAGCUAAAGCAAAAGAUUCUACUUCAGCAAGAGGUGUUUUGUCUUAUUUCUAGAACAAGUGGAGUUAUUAUGUUGAAUUCUUGCAAAGAAGAAGAAUCAGGACAGUCUUAUAUAAUGAACAGUCAAGAAAGCCUUCUUUUAUAUUAGUUCCUUCAAACCAGAGUCUUGAGAGCUUCAUCUUUGGGAUUGCAGAAGGUUUUGUCUACCUCCAUGAAAACACUAAGACGAGGAUUAUUCGUAGAGAUAUAAAAGCGAGCAAUAUCUUGCUGGAUUCUAGUCUCUGAGUUAAAAUUGCUGACUUUGGGUUGGAUAGAUCCUUCCAAGAAGACAAGAGUCACAUGAGCACUGCCAUCGUGAGGACUUUGUUAGUGAUUCUCUUCUUUCACAUUUAUAUUAUAGCUACAAACCUUAUGCUCACUAAAUAACAGCCAGUUAGGUUAAUUAGUUAUCUCAGUCGAUGGUUAUUGAUUCUUAGCCAGUGGUUAUUUUUCCUACAAAACUUUCAUUUUUUCUAUUGUAAGUUGUGAACCAAUUCUUGUAUUUACUUCCAAAUAUAUAUAUAUAUGGACCUUUAGAAAGUUUUUUCUCAUUG